AGAAACAAAAUAAUAAUACUUAGAUGUGAUAAUUAUGUUUAGCCUUUUUUGUCACUAUAGUAAUUACAAUUAGUUGAAUAAACAAAAAUUAAUGGGACAAUAAUGUCCUUUAUAAUUUUCCACAGUUUAAAAAGAAGUCUCAGAGGAGAACAAACCAAUAAAGGCCAAAAAACAGAGUUUCUCUCUGGAUCACAUCAUCUCUUUCUUUUUCUUCUUCUUCUUCCUCAUGGAUUCUUCAAGAACCCGAAAUGUAUCCAAACGAUCCGAUCCGGUACACUUUCCGGCGAAGUCAUCCAUUUCAUCACGGAGAUCUUUAUCUUCUUCUUCUUCCUUCUCAUCUUUCUCCUCAUGCUCCUCUAGCUCCCUAGUGUUUCCAGGCGACUCUCCUCUAAAUUCUCCGGCGACUCCUCUCCGUCUCCUUGGCGUCCCUUUCUCUUGGGAACAACUUCCCGGAAAACCUAAAGACUACUCUCAUAGACUCAACAACCGUCUAAACAAUGAAUCUUCAAUUAUAUUACCCCUUCCUCCUCACCGGAAUCUUUCCUUUCCGGCCACCGGAAAAAAACCUAAACCUAACAAUUCCAGUAAGAAGAACAACUUCCCCGUUACCGUAAGAGAUCCAUUCGCGGCUGCGUUGUUGGAAUGUUCCAAAGACGAAGGAACAAACAGUGACGACGACGAUGACGUUGACGGUGGUGAAGACGGAGAUCGGAGGUUUCGAGGAAAUUCCGGUGGUCCGAGCAAGGUGUUGUCAAAGAACAGCAUCGGAGAUAGGUUUGGGUUAGUGAAUCUCUACGGUUCUUGUCGGAGAACUUGUGCAGUUUCAGAGUCCAUUGUUUAUCUUCCAAGAUCAAGAAAAGCUGCUUCGUACGAUAAUCUUCUUCUUCCACGUCGUCGCCGUUGAUUUGUUCGUAUUUGGUGAUUUACUAUAUAUUUUUGUCUUUUUUUUGUUGUUGUUAAAUUCUGUAUAAUUUUCUCUGAAUGUGACAUAUCAUGGGUUUAUGAGUUUGUGUUUAUUUUUUCGUCUUUAGAUCGUAACACGAAUGUAAUAUAGUUCAGAGAUUUUA